AUGUCUAACCCACCCACCCGCAGAAUCCUAAAUCGAUUGAUCAAGGAUACUGAUGAGGGUAAUGACGAAAAUCGAAAUAACAAUGCUCCUGAAACAAGAGACACGCAGUUUCGCAGUGUCAAUGCAAUUUCAGCUGUUCAAACCAACCACCCAGUGCUGGUAGGGCAGGUAAACACUGCUGCAAAACAUAAAAUCAUUGGUUAUGGAGAUACUUUCAAUGAACACGAACAACUUAAGAAUCAACAGAUAGUCCGGAUGGAAGACAAGAUCUCUGGAGUUGUCUUAAUUCAAGGAGAUCUUCCAGAAUGCUGGGCAGAAAUCUAUGAUUGCCGCGCAAGGUGUCUCAUUGACAGUGGUUCCAUGAUGAACGUCAUGCGAUUAUCAGCAGCAAAUGCAAUGGGCCUAGUAGUGGAUAACUUAGCAGGAGCUGACGGACCCGGAGGUUUGGUCACUGCCAAUGAAGAAGAGUACGACUCGGGAUAUGUCAAUUUCCUGGGACAAUGA